GGGACAGCAGUUCAGUGGGAGAUGGCGCCCAGCUCGAAAUCCGAAAAGGACGAUAGCAAACAAAAAACCCAAAGAAAACACAAAGACCAUGUCGUGAAGCUUCUCAUGCGUGGGAAGCUGUCAGGACAGUUUUCUCAGCGCCUGUUCAGGAAGCUGCCACCUCGAGUGUGUGUCCCAUUAAAGAACAUUGUCAGCGAGGAGUUCCUGAGAGCAGGACAUAUCUUUCUUGGCUUCACCAAAUGCGGCCGCUACGUUCUGUCCUACACCAGCGACUGUGGAGAAGAUGAUGAUUUCUCUUUCUACACCUACCACCUCUACUGGUGGGAGUUCAACCUGCACAGUAGACUCAAACAGGUCCAUCAUGUACGUCUGUUUGCAGGAGAGGAAAUCUAUAGUGACCUGUACCUGACAGUGUGUGAGUGGCCAAAUGACCACUCUAAAAUUGUCAUCUUUGGCUUCAACACACGCAGUUCAAGCUCCGUUCUGAUGAAUUUAAUGAUGAGUGAUGAAAACAACAGAGACAUCUACAUCACCAUCGCCUCCAUGCCUCCUCCUAAACCUUGCUCUCACUGCUGCCCAGUUCCCUCAACCACUACCAUACGCACAGGAAGUGGUGAGUGUCUUGAGCAUGGCUAUGUGCUCAACAGCAGGUACCAGGUGGUGUACCCGUUCCCCACUUUCCAGCCAGCUUUCCAGCUGAAGAAGGACCAGGUCAUCCUGUUAAACACAAGCUACUCUCUGGUGGCCUGCGGCAUCUCACUCUGCCCAGGUAAGCAGGGUCAGUCAUCGCAGAUCCUUUACACGAUGAGAGCAGCUGUGUCAAGUCAAGCCUCAACUGCUUUUUCCUCCACCUCCUUGGCCUCUUCUUCCUCGCUACCUCAGGGUUCUCCCGAGAUCCAACUGCCACCUAACAGACCCGUACCAAUUUUCUCAUCUCCGAGCCAGUCACAAGCUGCCAUGCGAGCCCGGGAGUUUGCAGCUGACCUCUUCAGGCGAGCCCAGGGAGGAGGAGGAGGAGGAGGAGGGAAAGAAAAUGAAGGCCAGGCAGAAAGGAGAACAGCUGAUGGUGGUGAAAAAGAGGCGGCGCAGACAACAGGAGACAAAGGGAUAAAUGUAGAGAGGACGAGGGAGGAGGAUGAUUUUAGAGAGAAAAGGGAGGAGGAGACACGGACUACUUUACCACAAGCGUCAACAUCGGGUGGGAGCCAUAGUUUGCCACAGUGCUCUGAACUAGUGAUGUCUCCUGCCUCUUCUUCCUCAUCACUGUCAUCUCCUUCGACCCCGUCUUCAUCCCAGGAGGCCGGCCCGGGUGAGCCUGGAUAUGUCAACUAUUCACGCCUACAUUACCGCCUCCAACAGCCAGGGGCAGCAGAGCAGAAUACAGGAGGCUAUGAAGACGAUAAAGUUCAGCUCCCUUUCACAGUCACUGACCUUAAAGGACGGAACCUGCAGCUGGUCACUGGACCACACAAUGGACAGAGUGUGUGUGUGGAGCAGUUGACUCUAGACUUUGAGUAUCUAAUCAAUGAGGUGAUCAGGAGUGAUGCCGCCUGGGGCCCUCAGUUCUGCUCCUUCAGCGACUAUGACGUUGUGAUAUUAGAGGUGUGUCCUGAAACCAACACUGUGAUGAUCAACAUCGGCCUGCUGCUACUGGCCUUCUCCAACUCCGAUGAGGAGCACUGCAGGCCAAACACGUACCAUUCCAACCUGCAGGUCAGCUGGGACCUGAACACAGGUGUGUGUUGCACCGUCGGUGUUGGUGACCUGACAGAGGUCAAGGGUCAGACCAGUGGGAGUGUGUGGAGUUCUUACAGGAAGUCCUGUGUGAACACAGUGAUGAAGUGGUUGGUUCCAGAGAGCAGCUCCCGCUACAUUAAUCGCAUGACCAAUGAAGCUCUACACAAAGGCUCAUCCCUGCAAGUGUUGGCAGAUAGUGACCGAUGUACCUGGAUUGUUUUAUGAAGAAAGAGGAGGACCACAAGUGUCAAAACAACAGCAGCGAAAGCACACACAGAUACACGUCGACAUGGCCUCAACCUUAAUCUCAGCAAAACUGCACACGUUCAGCGACUCCGCUCUGGUAACAUGUAGGUAAAACACGUGUCAAAUUGAAACUGAACAAAGAAUGCUCUUGAUGAAAUACUGUAAGGAUGAAGUUUUUUGCAUUGUCUGUGUUUAAUUUUACACGUUUUAUCUUUUUUUGUAAUUGCGUAUCAUUGCAACCACCAAACUAAGAGCUGGACUGAACGAAGAUUUAGUUUAUACAUUUUGUUUUUUAUACAUAAAGGAGUACUGUUAUUGUAGUGUGUGUGUGUGUGUGUCUUUAACUGAAUGUAUGCAAUAUCUGCACCUGUGUAAUGUUCACUAGGGGAUUUCAUCCAGAGAGUAAGUGUGUGUAUGUAUGUAUGAGUGUGUGCAUGUUUAAUGUGUAUGUAACAUUUGAUAGAUUCUGCUGCUUCUGAACGAGCUGUUUCCUCACCUGGCCUGGACCAGUUCAGUCUAGCUGUGUUCAUUCAUAAGGCUGCAGUAUUUUAAAUGAGACAAAUUGAAUCCAUUACUGCAUCACUUGACUCUUUCAUCUUUUUUUUUUAAACCUGUUAUGGAGGUAGAGGGUUGUUGGAGUUGCCUGCUCAGCUGGUUGACAUCACGCUGUGUGUUAACUAGCAUGGAAGCAAGACUAUGUUCUAUUUGGAUAUUUUGUUAAAAUAAAAUGGUCAAACGUU